CUAAUGAUAAAACGUGAUUCAAAUCAGGUGUGCUGGAGCUGAGAAACCUCCAAAUAUGCAUCACUGAGAUCUUUCAGGUUUAGGAUUGGACACCAGUGGUGUAACUUAAUCCAACUAUUCUACUAAUGUUUCCUUCCUCUGGUCUUUUCGCUCACGUUAACUGUCCUUUUGCACAACAUGGACCUUGUGAGAGACCUCAUUGUUUUUAUAAACAUGCCACAGAAUCUUGGAAGGCGUUUGGUGAUAAAUCAUCAGUGGUGGACUUAACAGGAGACCAGUUUGACCCGCCUGCUGCCAAUAGCGGAUCAGCGAAGGAGACUCCAGACCACUGCCUCCAUGAACUGGAGAAGCUUAACAAGGAGAUUGAAACCGUGAAGCACGAGGUGGAGCAAGAGCGACUGCGCCUGUCAUGCUACCAGAUUGCACAAUCAGACAGCAGAAACGAUGCAUCCAAAUCAAAGUAUGAAAGCAGCAGUUCACGCAGACUUGAUCGUCAGGCUUAUGAACGAGCUAGGAAGUACGUGGUUGACGGCUCAAAACCAAAGACUGAUUUAGAGUAUGAUCCUUUGUCCAACUUCUCUGCGGCUCUGCACUCAUACAGCUCAUCAGGGAAGGAGCACAAAGUGAAACGCAAACCUGCACAUUCUGGUCAGAAGAAGCCAUCCGCAGCCCAGAUGUAUCAGUCACCAUCUCCAGAGCUCCUCGAUGACUCUAAAGAAGACUGUGUCCUGAUUAUCGAUGUUCCUUUGUCGCCUGACGCCUCAUGUAAAGCCCAGAAAUCUGACACUGCAUCAGAGAAUGACGGAGACUUAAAUGAGAUGACAUCUGUGAUACUUCAUUCUCCGCAAAUACCCCAAAACAAAAAGAUGGUAAAUGUUGCUGCUUCACUCUCAUUAAAGGAAAAUGAGAUUUGUAGUAGUUGUGCAGUUCCAAACAAUCAAAAAGUACAGAUUUGUGAUGGCGAGUGCAAAAAUGAAGUUAUCUUAUCUAAAUGUUUGGAAGACCUUGAAAGUUUCCAGCCUGCUGAGACAGCAGAGAACAUUUCUGAAGCUGCAACAUUUCCUGGUAAAGACCACAGCCUGAACAAGUGUGAUCCAUCCAGUCAUGCUGACGAAAUGAAUCCACCACAGCCAAAAGAUAAUUCACUUCGUUAUAAACCACUUGCUGCUAAGGCUCCAGUCCUUUACUACACACCCGAACAUGGACUAACAGAGCAGCUGGCUCAGGACAAGGUUCAAAUCCACUGCCUUCCUGUUCAAAGCAUGCCAUCAGUGAUGCAAGGAAGCCAGCAGAUAUCCAACAAACUUCUAGAGAAGUCACACGAGCAAGCUGCGGGUAACCCGAAUCAAGUCGAGGCAGAUCAGAACACCAGCCAGUCUCAAAACGUUCCUUCUGUAAAACCUCAGAUCAACAUUGAAUUACCUGAGCAGUUUCAGAAAGCAGAAAAUGAAAUGGUGUUGAUGAUCAACUCCAGCCCUGAUGAAAACGGGGAAAUGGAAGAACUCGACUAUUCAGAAAUGGAGCUUUCUGACAGCGAUCCGAUGGAGGAAUGUUAUCGGAUCUUCAUGGAGGCCAAAAACGGAGACGAAUCUCAUCCUGAUGGAUCUGUUGAAGCUGAAACGUUUGUGGAGAAGCAAACAGUAAAAUCUCCACUCCAAGUCCUACCAGGAAAGAAGAGGGUGGCUCAUGAAGCCAAGAAUCUAGAGCAACCAUUAGCUAAAAGCAGACCCCAGCCCCAGGUUCUGGUGCCCCUCCGGGGUCCCUCCGCUUCAGAAUACGGCUCUCGGCCCUCCAUCACCUCGAACAUCCAACAGGUGCAGCAGAGGGCCUCCAUGCUGACUGCUUCGGUUAAAGCUGGUCAGGCUUUUAUUUCUGCUGCUAGUCAGAAGAAACCAGAAAUGCAGAGUGCUCCUUCAGUUUCAAGCUCCGAAAGCCUUCCAGCAGUACAUAAUGCUUAUUUUAACUACAUCCCUUUGGGAUCUGCGGUUAUUGAGGUGGGCAACAACUUGCACUUGAUCCUCCCACAGGGUGGCUUCCCACUUGCCUCCACAUCCAGCCCAGUUACAUCGGUGCUAACUCCCGUGAGUCAGGUGCACCCAAGCCCCGUCCCACUGGAUCCAUCUACAGUGAACACUCUGCUGAGAUAUCGCCCAGCAGCGCCUGUGCUCAUUGCUGCUCCUCCUCGGAGGCCAGCUGUGCCUACAACUUCUCAACCUGCUAUCCAGGCAGCUCCUAAGCCAAAGUCUGUUAAACGUAAGCUGAAGCAUCAUCCUGAAGCUGUGAAAGACAAAGUACCUCAUGAUGUUCGUCAGCGUUACGUCAACAUGUUCACAGAGGAGUUCCUCAAAACGACACCCAACGUCCACGAUGCCUUUGAAAAGGCCCUGGCUGAAGAGAAGAGCGUUUACAGCCGCAGUGUCAACAAACUGAAAUAUCUGAGCGUUGCAGUUAAUGCCCUUAAGAGGCUCAAGAACCAAAGUUCUGCAACUAAACAUGAAGAAAAAGUCCAGAAUCAAAGACAAAAAGGCAACAUCCCAUUUAAUGGAAAGAAGCAGACAAAAAGCGAUAUGACAUUGUAUGAAAUCUUGAAGGAUUAUGUGUUGACUGACGAAAGAAUGACUGAGAACAACUACCCCGUCCAGCACCCAGAGAAGCCUGGUGCUGCCGUUCUUUUUGUUGACAAGAAGGCAAACGCAGAUCCCCUCAAGAGGAUCUGCUGUCGAUGUGGAGCGACGUACUCUGUGAGCCAGACGGGCAAGCACGUCCGUAAGGAGGAGUGCAACUAUCACUAUGGCAAAGGAGUCGAGAAUAAAGUGCCAGGUGGAGUGGAGACCCGAUACAGCUGCUGCCAGGGAAUCAUGGGAGCUCCUGGAUGUCAGGUGUUUAAGUUGCAUGUCCACGAUUCCCUCAGUCUGGAUGGGUUUGUGUCCACUGUCCCUAGAUGUCCCUCAGACCUCAGCUGUCCUGGGGUUUACUCCUUGGAUUGUGAAAUGUGCUACACCGUCCAGGGCCUGGAGCUGUCCAGAGUGACCGUGGUCAACUCGGACCUUCAGGUCAUCUACGACACCUUUGUUAGACCCAAUAAUGACGUCAUCGACUACAACACCAGAUUUUCAGGCAUCAGUGAGGAAGAUUUGAAGAGAAAUCACGCCUCUCUCAGAGAAAUCCAACAGACCUUGUUGAGCUUCGUCAGUGCCGACACCAUUCUUGUUGGACACGGGCUGGAGACAGACCUCUGUUUGUUGAAGUUGCUUCAUGGGAUGGUGGUGGAUACAUCAGUGGUCUUCCCCCACCGUCUAGGACCACCUAACAAGCUGAGUCUCAACAGCCUCACAGCUGAAUUCCUAAGGAGGAUUAUCCAAGAGAGUGUUUGUGGCCAUGACACUGCAGACGACGCUGCUGCCUGCAUGGAGCUCAUGCUGUGGAAAGUGAAAGAAGAUGGAAAACUGAAAAAAUGAAAAGGAAAAAAUAUCCAAAUGACAACUGUUUAAAAAAAUGCAUGUUUGACCAGUGUGGUGUUGAUUCUUGUCUGAUUGAUGGAGGGCAGUUUAGUUCGAUUUAAUUUACAUCACUCAAAGUUUUAGUUGGUUAAAGUUUGAUUUGAAGCCCAUGCUCCAUGCUAUUAUGAAUUAUGAGGAUGAAGUUAGUUCCCAAAUAAAUCCAUAGAAAGAUA